GUUUUCUUGUCUGUUCAUGUUGUUGCUUUCGUGUGUACAUAUGUGACUCGAUCCCUGGGGACAUGCUAUAUAAUACUGCACCAAUACAACUCAUGUCAAAUUUACUUCUUUGUAAGGUCUUUACUCCGAACUUUGAUCAUGGAUGCCCUGGCCACACUCAAAUCGUUCAAAUUUGAUAGGACUCUGAAUGAAGAGCCCGACAAGAAACGGAUUGCCCUGCUUGGGUCAUUUCCCGCCUCCUGGUCGCUAGGCCAUCCAGACGGUACCGAGACCCGUGGAAUUGAAUAUACAUCGGAACGCCUGAGAGCUAUCAUUCGCAUCGAAAAGACCGCUUUCGCUCCAGAGCUUGCCGAACGUUUCUUCCACUCUGAUUCUGAACAGCCGACGAUCGUCUCCAGCGUGAAGCUAAUCCAAUCAACCGACAUCUACUCGUGGCUCGCGGGUUGGCUAUCAUCCUCAGAGGAACAGCAACCCCAAGGGGACGUUAAAAUUGACAUUAUAUGCCCUGCCACAGAUGAUCAUAUUCGGAAGUAUUCCCCACAGAAAUCUACCCUCGUGCGUGAGACGCCAGAACUGUAUACCAGCAUAGUAAGGCCGUAUAUCGACGCCUUUCCUCCUGCUCGGACGCGUUGGGUGACAAAGAUCCUUUCUGGGGAAGCUGAGCAAGGGACCAUGUUGUUCUCUUCUCCUGAAUUUAUUUUGCUGCCUGACAUGAAAUGGGACCUACACACCAUUGGGAGCUUGUACCUGGUCGCGAUCGCGCGAGAUCCCGCCCUUCGCAGUCUUCGUGAUUUGCGUCUCGGGCACGUUCCUCUCUUGAAGUCCAUUCGGAAAGAGGCCUAUCGGGUCGUUCAAGAGAAAUGGGGCUUACCAACCGGUUCGCUUAGAAUGUGGAUCCAUUAUCAGCCCAGUUACUAUCAUUUCCAUGUUCACAUCGCCAACGCAAGUUAUGAACUACCGGGAUUUGGUAUGGCUGUGGGGCAGGCACAUCUCCUGGAGGAUGUCAUAUCUUUACUCGAGACUGCGGCUACAAGCGGCAUCGAUAUCUUGGAGCGCAUGACAUUGACUUAUGGAUUAGGUGAACAACAUGGUCUCUACCAGGCGAUGAUCAAAGCACAGGGCGAUUUGGACUGAUUUUAAAUCCCACCCUGAUGGAGAAAACGUGCGAUUAACUUGCACUGAAUAAAAGUGAUGUCUAGUGGUAUGUAAAUAAGGGUAUAGAAAAUAGUAUGUACGAUAC